AUGGUCUUCGGUUCCUUCGAGAGGGAUGUGUCGAUGUCGCGCGGCAGCGACGAAUUGUUGACCCAUCGCGAUACCGCUGAGCCAGUGGCUCGGUUCAUGGUGAGAACCGGCCUACUGGGCCAAUCCCGCGAGGUCGACGACGCGGCGAUGGGAAGAAAACCAGCGAUUCGAAGGAGGCAGGACCGGCCGGCGGCUCAGCGGAGGGACCGAAUCACGAUACAGCAAGGACAUAGUUCAAGGACGGAGUGA